AGAGGUUAGAAAUAAUUCACAAUAUGUAUUCACAUCCAGGACAGAAAAGCAGAAGCCAAUCAGAGAGAAACUGCGCUACACUUGUUAAUUGGACAAUCGUAUGCGUUCCGAAACUCGUCAAGUUUCAAUGAACUUCAAAUUGAUUUUUUUACCAAGAAUAGGUAUGCAAAUCUAUCUUGUGAUAUAUUUAUGACAUAUGCCAUAAUUAUGGCGCGUAUUAUUUGGUAAAUAUAAAUAGAAGGCUACAAUAUUAUCUACACGUUUCCAUUAGGUGCAACACCUGCAAUUAGGCGAUAAGAAUGGAUCUAGAUAGAGCUUACAUUGGUAAUUAUAUAUUUACUUAUGUAAGAGAAUUUCGAUCAUUUUGCAUGUGUGCGUUUUUAUUUCCUAGAAAAAUAAUCUAUACAGUUAAAGCCAUUAAUUGACGAUUGGAUGGAACAUCUUCAGCAAACUAUGAAGAAACAUGAGCAGGGGCAGGAGCAGAGCGUCAACGCAAUUGAUUUUGCCAUGCCAUUUGUAGGAGAUACGAUUCCAGCAUCUACUGUAAAAGCUGCUUUCAAGAUAGCGGAAUACUUGGAGUUGGAGCCAAAUGUUAAGUAUAUGGCCAUUCAACUGUACGACAAAUUCAUGUGUAAACACUUUUGGGAGAUUUAUAAGACUGAGAUUGCGAAUGAUCCGUCUGAAGCAUUUAAAGUUUGCAAGAAAACUUGCAAUCAAACUAAAUUAAAUUUAAUGUCAUGCUUCCAAUUGGCGUGCAAAAUGGAUUCUCAUUCCAGUGCUUUAGGAAUAUCGCAAAUUCUUAAUAUUCUAUAUCUGAUUGACAAAGAGUCGGAAUAUACACGAAAUAUGAUUUCCUCUUCGGAAAUUAAAGUUUUCAAAACAGUAGGAUUUAAAAUGCCCCUUUACACACCAUUGCAUUGUAUCGAAAUUCUUCUGGCGGCGACAGGUCUCGGAGAAACACCAAAUGUGUUUAAUAUUUCGAUAGAUUUGUUGGAUAUGGCUUAUCUAAAGCAUGACAGAUUAUAUUCGCAAUUUGAUUUAUAUUAUAUGCACAAAGAUGUAAACACAGAACAUGUAGCUGAGAAGUUGAUAUCAUUGAAAUCAAACAUACUUUUCUUAAGUGCAGCAAUAGUGUACUGCACAAUGUUCUUUUUAUGCUUGGAUACAAAUAUCUCAGAAGAACAAAUUAUUAUAACAAAAUUGGCAGAAUUAUCAAAUACAACCAACAUUGAUAUUUCCAAUAUGGCUAAUACAUUGCUCUCAAUAGCAACACAAGAGUAAUAUAUAAUAUAUGCUGUAUAUUUUG